CACUGCAGGAGACUGGGGGAUGUUAUACUGCCCUGGAUACAAAUCAUCAUUGUAGGAAUAUUGACCAAACAUAAAUUUGUUGAAUCUCAACGGCAAAGAUUGCAUCAUCUUUCGGACUGUAAAACUUUGUUAAAGUUUUCGUCCACAUGUUUCAGUGCUUGUUUUAACAGAGAGUGUCUGAAGACUCAAGGAACUAGUAAUGGACCAGAACCUGUUUGGAGGGGCCCCCAGGUUUCUCACGCGGCCCAAGGCUUUCGCAGUGUGCGUGGGAAAGGAUGCCACCUUGAGCUGCACCAUCGUGGGCAAUCCCACCCCACUGAUUACCUGGGAAAAGGAGAAGCUACGUCUGACCUCUGGGGGCCGCUUCAAGAUGGUGGAUGAUGGUGACGUCUACCGCCUCACCAUCUACGAUCUAACCCUGGAGGACAGCGGCCAGUACAUGUGCCGGGCCAAAAACAAUGUUGGGGAAGCAUAUGCAUGUGUAACCCUUCACGUAGGCCUUCCACAGGAGAUGGUGGAGAGGGCCCCCGUCUUCAUGGUCAAGCCUACCUCCGCACGCGUAGGCCUGGGGGGCGAUGUGGUCUUCCACUGCCGGGUUGCGGCUUACCCAGAGCCCAAAUUUGACUGGGAGAAGGACGGGCGUUACCUGGCCGAGACGAACCGCAUCAAGGUGACAUCGGACAGUGACAGCAGCUCUCUGAGGAUCCAGAGCGUGCGCAGUCUGGACAGCGGCACAUACACUUGCCGUGCCCAGAAUUCGGUAGGCCGCUCUAACUCCGCAGCCACCUUGCUUGUAGACACCCAGGACUCCCAUCACCUGGGCAAGGACAAGAGCACCUCCCUCCUCUCCCACCUGCAGAAGCGUAAAGAAGGGAUCUCUAUCUACUGCACCACCGAGACCAGCAGCUCCACUUACAACUCCACCACCACCUCCUCGACCGCCACCACUAUGGUCACAGACGGGCUGGGCCUUCUGGGUCUAGACCACAGCAGCGCAGCACUGGUCAGUCAUCUGCCCAAAGGCGUCUUCACCCGCACCUGCACAGUGACUGAAGGCAAGCACGCCAAACUCAGCUGCUUCGUGACAGGGCACCCCAAGCCUCACAUCAUCUGGAGGAAGGAUGGGGGGAACAUUGGCGAGGGACGCAGACAGAUCAUGUAUGAGGACCAGGCAGAGAACUUCAUCCUCAAGAUCCUGUACUGCAAACAGAGGGACAAUGGUCUGUACACCUGUAAUGCCUCCAAUAUGGCUGGACACACCUACAGCGCCGUGCUGGUGAUAGUUAAAGAGCCCAAGGUUCCGUUCAGGAGGAAGCUGCAGGAUGUGGAGGUCCAGGAGAAGAUGACGGCCACGCUGCUGUGUGAGGUGCCCAUCUCCACAACCCAGGCCAGCUGGUUCAUGGAGGAGACGCGACUGGAGGACUGCUCCAAGUACCGAAUGGAGGAGGAGGGCACCAUGCGGCGCCUCACCAUCCACAACGUCACCACCAAUGAUGAUGCCGUCUACAUCUGCGAGAUGAAGGAGGGGAGCCGCACCGUGGCCGAGCUCACUGUGCUGGGCAACAUCACUAAGAAGCUGCCCAGGAGGACUGUAGUGCCAGUGAGUGAUACAGUGAUCUUCUGCGUUGAGCUGGAGCACCCCUGUUCUGACGCCUACUGGACACGCAAUGCAGAGCGUCUGAAGCCGGACACACGCAUAAUAAUUGCGUGCACCCUCAGGCAGUACACUUUAACCAUCAGCCACUGCCAAGCUGACGACUCAGGAGAGGUGGCCUUCAUGGCUGGAGACUGCAAGACCUCCACAAGAUUCUCUGUCACAGCUGCCAGAAAGCAUCCUCCUGAUCCCCCCAUCGAUGUGGUGGUGCGCAACAAGACAGACUCAUCCAUCACCCUCCACUGGUCCCCCCCAGACAGUGACCGCCCUGUGCCCAUCAAGGGGUACAUGGUAGAGAGGAGGAAGGUGGGUGCCCAGACCUGGCAGAGGUGCAAUGGCAUGGAGAUCAGCCCAUUUACUGAGAUCACGAUCCAGAACUUCACAGAGGAGGCCAGCUACCAGUUCCGCAUUUCUGCAGUCAACAACUAUGGCCAGAGCCAAUACCUGGAGGUGCCCGGGACCUUCUACCUUGAACCCAGUGCAGAGGUGAAAACAGGCCUGAUGAACAGCACAGCCAUCUCAGGUGAGGAGGCCUCACUCUCCGUGGAUCUGUCUGCCGUGUGCUCUGGCUUCUGGUCUAUCAACGGACGCCUCCUGCGUAGUGGUGGUGACUACCUCAUCACCCGCCAAAAGACCAUGCACACGCUGAUGAUCCGGACGGUCUUGAUGGAGAUGAACGGAGCCGUGGUCAAAUUUGUGGGCGGUGGCUCUGAGAGCACUUGUAUACUCAAAGUGAAGGCUCCACCUAUCCGGUUCACCAGUAAGUCUGCUCACACUGAGGUGGUGACCUGCAGCGCCCAGUCCUCCGCCCAGCUGACCACAGAGGUGUCUGAUUACCAUGCCCAGGUGGUCUGGAUGAAGAAUGGACGGGAGCUGAAGAUGGGCAAGAAGUAUGAGUGCAUAACCACUGACCACAAGAGGAUCCUGAUGGUGCACAAUGUCACUGAAGAGGACACGGGAAUCUAUGAGUGUGUCCUAAACGAAGACAGAAUGUCCCUGAAGCUUUCUCUAAAAGAUGAAGCAAAAUUCCUGAACAAGCCCAGGGGUCCCAUGGGGGUGGCACCUGCCCUCAGUGGGCACCUUGAGUUGAACUGUGAGGUAUCGUCUGCCAGCGGGGUGGUGGUGUGGAGGAAGGAUCAGACAGUGGUCAUUGAGGACCAAAGAACUACCAUUAUCUCCAAAGGGACACAGAGGAGACUAGUCAUCAAGAACGCCAAGAAGAGUGACGAGGGACACUACUCCUGCGAGACAGCGGAAGACAAAGUCACAUUCCAGGUCAAGAUAAAAGAAGUUCAACUGGCUGCCUUCACCAACAAGGACUCUGUACAGAAGGAAGUGAGAGCUACUCUCUCCCAGAAAGCCACUCUGAGCUGUGAGGUUGCAGAUACCAAGACAGAGGUGAAAUGGUACAAGGACGGCAAACAGAUCAUUGCAAGUAAAACUGUCUCCAUGGAGACAAAGGGCAAGAGUCGUCUGUUGGUAGUAGACAAAAUGGAGAAAAAGGAUGCUGGAGAGUACACCUGUGAAGCUAGAACAGAGAAGCUGGUCUUUAAAAUACAUGUGUCAGAAGCCCAACAGGCUGCCUUCACCAACAAGGACUCUGUACAGAAGGAGGUGAAAGCUACUCUCUCCCGGAAAGCCACUCUGAGCUGUGAUGUGUCAGAUUCCAAGACUGAGGUGAAAUGGUACAAGGAUGGCAAACUGCUGACUUCCUGUAAGAGAGUCUCCAUGGAGACAAAGGGCAAGACUCGUCAGCUGGUGAUAGAGAAGGUGGAGAAGAAGGAUGCUGGAGAGUACACCUGUGAGGUUGGAGCAGAAAAACUGGUCUAUGAGAUACAGGUGACAGAGGCCCAGGCUGCCUUCUCCAAUAAGGACUCUGUACAGAGAGAGGUGAGAGCUGCUCUCUCCCAGAAAGCCACUCUGAGCUGUGAGGUGUCUGAUACCAAGACUGAGGUGAAAUGGUACAAGGAUGGCAAACUUCUGACUUCCAGUAAGACAGUCUCCAUGGAGACAAAGGGCAAGACUCGUCAGCUGGUGAUAGAGAAGGUGGAGAAGAAGGAUGCUGGAGAGUACAUCUGUGAGGUUGGAGCAGAGAAACUGGUCUUUAAGAUACAUGUGACAGAAGCCCAACAGGCUGCCUUCACCAAUAAGGACUCUAUACAGAAGGAGGUGAAAGCUACUCUCUCCCAGAAAGCCACUCUGAGCUGUGAGGUAUCAGAUACCAAGACAGAGGUGAAAUGGUACAAAAAUGGCAAACUGCUUACUUCCAGUAAGACGGUCUCCAUGGAGACAAAGGGCAAGACUCGUCAGCUGGUGAUAGAGAAGGUGGAGAAGAAGGAUGCUGGAGAGUACACCUGUGAGGUUGGAGCAGAGAAACUGGUCUAUAAGAUACAGGUGACAGAAACUCAAGCAGCUUUCACCAAUAAGGACUCUGUACAGAAGGAGGUGAAAGCUACUCUCUCCCAGAAAGCCACUCUGAGCUGUGAGGUAUCUGACACCAAGACUGAGGUGAAAUGGUACAAGGAUGGCAAACUGCUGACUUCCAGUAAGACAGUCUCCAUGGAGACAAAGGGCAAGACUCGUCAGCUGGUGAUAGAGAAGGUGGAGAAGAAGGAUGCUGGACAGUACACCUGUGAGGUUGGAGCAGAGAAGCUGGUCUUUAAGCUACUGGUGACAGAGGCCCAGGCUGCUUUCUCCAAUAAGGACUCUGUACAGAAGGAGGUGAAAGCUACUCUCUCCCAGAAAGCCACUCUGAGCUGUGAUGUGUCAGAUACCAAGACUGAGGUGAAAUGGUACAAGGAUGACAAACUGCUGACUUCCAGUAAGACAGUCUCCAUGGAGACAAAGGGCAAGACUCGUCAGCUGGUGAUAGAGAAGGUGGAGAAGAAGGAUGCUGGAGAGUACACCUGUGAGGUUGGAGCAGAGAAACUGGUCUUUAAGAUACAGGUGACAGAGAUUCAAUCAGCUUUCACCAACAAGGAGUCUGUAAAGAAGGAGGUGAAAGCUACUCUCUCCCAGAAAGCCACUCUGAGCUGUGAUGUGUCAGAUACCAAGACUGAGGUGAAAUGGUACAAGGAUGGCAAACUGCUGACUUCCAGUAAGACAGUCUCCAUGGAGACAAAGGGUAAGACUCGUCAGCUGGUGAUAGAGAAGGUGGAGAAGAAGGAUGCUGGACAGUACACCUGUGAGGUUGGAGCAGAGAAGCUGGCCUUUAAGAUACAGGUGACAGAAUCCUCUGCCAAGUUUAAGAAGACUGCCGUAAAGGAUAUAUGCAGUGUUCAAGCAAGUGAGAAGAUUGUUUUGACCACUGAGCUGACUUCGGAGAGUGCCAGUGUUAAGUGGUUCAGAGAUGGAGUAGAGUUGAAGGAAGGCACUAAAUAUGAGAUGAAGAGAGAGGGACAUUCUCGUACCCUGAUUGUGAAGUCCACCGAAAUCAAAGACAGUGGCACCUACUCUUGCCACACUGAUGAUGACAAGCUUGAGUUCAAAGUUCAAGUCAAACAUACACCGCUGAAGUUUGUGGUGCAGUUGCAGCCUGUAGCCACAGAGCUAGGUGUUACGCUGACCCUGACCUGUGAACUGAACCAAGCCUCAGGGGACGUACUCUGGCGCCACAACAGUCGUGAGGUCAAACCCGGUGGCAGGUUCUGUGUCAGCGCUGACAGUGCCAAGCGGGUCCUUACCAUAACAGGAAUGACCAAAGAGGAUGAGGGAGAGUACAUCUGCGAAUGCAAAGAUGAUAAGACCUCAGCCAAGGUCUCCACCAAUGCCCCCAGACUGGUGAAUCUGACUUCCAAGCUGAGCAGCAUCGUUGCAGUGGAAGGGAAAGAUGUCAUCUUCAAGUGUAGUGUCACCCCAGCAGACGUCAAAGUAAAAUGGUUCCGCAACAACGUGCCAAUCACUGCUGGGCCCAAGUAUAAGAUUGAGCACAGGGCCACCAGCCACUCCCUCACCAUCACGUCAGUCAGUCAGGAGGAUGCUGGGGAGAUCAGCAUGGCAGCUGAGGGCAAAACCUGCAGCGCUACCCUCCAAGUGCAACUGGAGCCGGUGAUGUUCAAGAAAAAGCUGCAGAACGUGACAACGGUAGAGGAUCAGAAGGGAGUGAAGCUGGAGGUGGAGCUUAGUAGACCCUCUAAAGAGGUCAGGUGGAUGAAGAACAGCGUGGUGCUGCAGCCCGGAGGCAACAUGGACAUCAGGGUGGAUGGGGCCAAGCAGACCCUGGUCUUCAAGAGUGUAACUACCGCUGACCGCGGCUACUACUCCUGUGAAACUCUUGAUGACAAGACCCAGGCCAAACUCACGGUGGAUGUGCAGAAGAUUGAGGUGGUGAAGGGCCUGCAGGCCGAGGUCAAGGCCAAUGAGAAGGAGACAGUGACCCUGGAGGUGGAGCUCAGUCAAGCUGACGUGGAGGGUUCCUGGACCAGGAGCGGAGCCAAGCUCAAGGCAGGGUCCAAUUGUCGCAUCACGGCCCUUGGAAAGAAGCAUGCCCUUACACUGUCCCAACUCAAGAUGGAGGACGCAGGAACGAUUGUCUUCCAAGCGGAAGGGGUCAAGUCUUCUGGCAAGCUCAUUGUUGCAGAACCUGCUGCCAUGAUCUCUAGGCCCAUGGAGGAUGUCAAAGCUCCAGAGAAGGAGAAGGCAACACUUGAGUGUGAGGUGUCCAGAACCAAUUCUGAGGUCAAGUGGUUCAAGGGUGAUACGGAACUAAAACCAGGAAAGAACUUUGGCAUCCACUCCCAGGGUCGCACACGUAGCCUCCUCAUCCAUAAAUGUUCCAAAGAGGAUGAGGGCACAUACGUUUGUCGAACGUCUGACGACAAUACAUCAGCCAAACUCACUGUACAUGCCCGAGACAUUAAGAUAGUGAAGAAGCUGGAGGAUGUGGAGGUGAUGGAGAAGGAGAGUGCGUCAUUCAUGUGUGAGAUCUCUCACGAUGAAGUGGCCUGCCAGUGGUUCAAAGGUGACACCAAACUCAAAGUCGGUGACAACAUCAAGAUGAGACAAGAGGGUAAAAUCUAUGUGCUGCUGAUUAAAUCGGUGACACCAGAAGACGUGGCGGAGAUUAAAUUCACAGCUGAAAAGGCCUCUUCAACGGCCAAACUGACAGUGAAAGGCAAAGCCCAAUCUGUGUCACGGGAGCUGCAGAGCGUCAGCGUUGUCUCGGGAGAGGAUGCUGUGUUUACCUGUGAGGUCACACAGACCAGCACCACCGUCCAGUGGGCCAAGGAUGGGAAGGACAUCAGGAAGAGUGAGAAGUAUAACAUCAGCAAAGAGGAGAGGGUCAUGAAGUUGACUGUCCGCAGCGUCACUGUCCAGGACUCUGGAGAAUAUAGUUGUGAGGUCAUCGGAGGAGCCACUACCAAGGCCAAGCUGGUGAUCAAAGAGCCAGUCCACAAGUUCACCAAGGAGCUGAAGGACAGUGAGGCAGAAGAAAAGGGUUCAGUGACCCUACAGUGUGAGACGGCCCAGCCUGCCUCCAAGGCCACCUGGUCCAAGAGAGGCAUAGAGCUGAAGGCCGGGGGACGCUGCGAGAUGACCCAAAAGGAGACCGUUCUCACACUUACCAUUAAACAGCUGGAGGAGAAAGACAGCGGAACUUACACCUGUGACGUGGGCACCGCCAAGAUGACGGCUAAGGUGACAGUCAAAGCCUUGCCUGCCAACUUUAAACAGAAGCUGAAGAACCAGCAGGCCACGGAAGGAGAGAAUGCUACUCUCUGCUGUGUGUUAGCCAAACCUGGAGCCAAGGUUCAGUGGAAGAAAGGCACUGAGAAUCUCAAAGCUGGAAACAAAUAUGAGAUUAAGCAAAAAGAUGCCUGCUGUGAGCUUCAGAUAAAACAUCUGAAGGUUGAAGACAGUGGAGAGUACUCCUGUGAGUGUGGAGAUCAGAGGACCACAGCGACUAUAAAUGUCAAUGCGUUACCUGUGACCUUCAAACACAAACUGGCGAGCCAGGAGGCUGAGGAAGGGGGCAGUGUUACCCUGCACUGUGAGCUCUCUAAACCUGGAGUCCAUGUAGAAUGGAGAAAGGGAACACAGGUGCUGAAGUCUGGAGAAAAGUACCAGAUGAAGCAGAAAGAAUCUGUGAGUGAACUCCUGAUCAGCAAAGUAGUACCCGAGGACAGUGGAGACUACAGCUGUGUGUGUGGAGAACAGAAGACUACAGCCAGUCUCAAGAUUAAGGCCCAACCUGUUACAUUCAAACACAAACUGGCGAGCCAGAAGGCUGAGGAAGGGGGCAGUGUUACCCUGCAUUGUGAGCUCUCUAAACCUGGAGUCCAUGUAGAAUGGAGAAAGGGAACACAGGUGCUGAAGUCUGGAGAAAAGUACCAGAUGAAGCAGAAAGAAUCUGUGAGUGAGCUCCUGAUCAGCAAAGUAGUACCUGAGGACAGUGGAGACUACAGCUGUGUGUGUGGAGAACAGAAGACUACAGCCAGUCUCAAGAUUAAGGCCCAACCUGUGACCUUCAAACACAAGCUGGAGAGCCAGAAGGCUGAGGAAGGGGGCAGUGUUACCCUGCACUGUGAGCUCUCUAAAUCUGGAGUCCAUGUAGAAUGGAGGAAGGGAACACAAGUGCUGAAGUCUGGAGAAAAGUACCAGAUGAAGCAGAAAGAAUCUGUGAGUGAACUCCUGAUCAGCAAAGUAGUACCCGAGGACAGUGGAGACUACAGCUGUGUGUGUGGAGAACAGAAGACUACAGCCAGUCUCAAGAUUAAGGCCCAACCUGUGACCUUCAAAUAUAAACUGCAGAGGCAGGAGGCUGAGGAAGGGGGCAGUGUUACCCUGCACUGUGAGCUCUCUAAACCUGGAGUCCAUGUAGAAUGGAGAAAGGGAACACAGGUGCUGAAGUCUGGAGAAAAGUACCAGAUGAAGCAGAAAGAAUCUGUGAGUGAGCUCCUGAUCAGCAAAGUAGUACCCGAGGACAGUGGAGACUACAGCUGUGUGUGUGGAGAACAGAAGACUACAGCCAGUCUCAAGAUUAAGGCUCUGAAGUAUUCAGCUCCUCCAGUAACUCCCAAACAGGAGGAGCCCCAGAAGGAGAAGGCCAAAAAGGAAGAAGCUCCUCCAGUCACUCACAAACAACAGGAGACCCAGAAGCAGCAGGAGACCAAAGAGGCCCAGAAAGAGACAGUAGAAAGGAAGACAGUAGUCGAAGCCCAUGUCUCGGAGCCAGCGACCCCUAUUGCUCCUGCCACCCCCAAAACGGAUCCCCAGAAGGAGACAUUAGAGAAGAAGACCGUAGUAGAAGCCUCUGCCUUUAAGCCUGCUGCUCCUGCCACCCCCAAACCGGAGCUCCAGAAGGAGGAGACCGUAGAAAAUAAGACUGUUGCAGACACUCAGGCCGUGAAGCCUCCUGCCGCCCCCAAACUGGAACCCGGGAAGGAGACAGUAGAGAUGAAGACAGUAGUAGGAGCCUCUGCUCUUCCAGCCACAUUCAAACACGAUCUUGAGAGCCAGGAGGUUGAGGAGGGGGGCAGUGUUACCCUGCACUGUGAGCUCUCUAAACCUGGGCUCCCUGUAGAAUGGAAGAAGGGAACACAGGUUAUAAAGUCUGGAGAAAAGUACCAGAUGAAGCAGGAAGAUUGCAGUGUGAAACUGCAAAUCUGUGAUUUGAAACCUGAAGACACAGGAAACUACCACUGCAGCACUGGAGACCUAGAGAGCUCAGCAUACCUGAAAGUCAAUGCUCUCCCAGUCAUAUUCACCAAAGAUCUGCAGAGCCAGGAGGCUGAGGAAGGGGGCAGUGUUACCCUGCAUUGUGAGCUCUCUAAACCUGGAGUCCCUGUAGAAUGGACGAAGGGGGAGGUGGGUCUCUGCCCCUGUGCCAAGUAUGAAAUCGUCCAGGAAGGACACAGCGCCAGACUAGUCAUCCACAGCUUAGACCCUGAAGACUCAGGCAGCUAUACUUGUGACAGUGGCGACCGGAAAACCACAGCAAACCUUUCUGUGAAGGCCCUGCCUGUUUACUUCAAAACCCGACUACAGAAUCUAGAGUGGGACGCAGGUGAGAUCGCCAUCCUCCGCUGUGAGAUCACAAAUCCUGGGGCCAGCGUUGUUUGGAGCCGGGGCGACAGGGUCUUGGAGUCUAACAACAAGUAUCAGCUGAAACAGGAAGGUGCCAUAGUGAAGCUUAUCAUCUAUAACCUACAAGGGGCUGACUCUGGGGAGUAUAUCUGUGACACGGGUUACCAGAAGACCUCAUCCAUGCUCACUGUACAGGAGCUGGAGGUGACCAUAGUGAAGGUCUUGAACAGCUGCUCGGUGCGCGAGGGGGAGGACGUUCACUUUGAGUGCCAUCUGUCCCACGAGGAUGCCAAGGAGGUCCAGUGGAAGCUUGCGGAUGUCCCUCUGCAGAACAAUGAAAUGAAUCUGAUCCGCAGCCAAGGCAAGGUGCACAGCCUCACCCUCAGGGGGGUCACCCAGGCCGACUCGGCCACAGUCGCUUUCACCGUGGGCCACCAUACCUCCACCGCCAGCCUGACCGUCAGAGGGGCCCCUGUGGUGUUCAAGAAGGAGCUGGAGAGCCAGGAAGCAGUUGAGGGGGGCAGUGUCUCCCUGACCUGUGAGAUCAGUGUUGAGGGCAAGGUGACAUGGAGAAGGGGCUCCGUGCUCCUCACCCAGGGGGAGAAGUAUUCCAUGGAGCACACAGGUUCUACCUAUAUCCUGAUGGUUCACAAGCUGAAGGUCGAGGAUGCUGGAGAGUACACCUGUGAUACUGGGGAUAAGCAGAGCACGGCCACCCUGAAAGUCAAAGAGUCUGUACGCAUCACUCGGGAGCUGCACGACAUCACAGUGACCACUGGGCAGGAUGCUGUCUUUGCGUGUGAGUUGUCCCAGGAGGGCGUAACCAAUGGAGAGUGGUGGCUAGGGGAUAACCUCCUCCAAAACAACGACCUGAACCAGAUGACCUUCCAGGGCCGGGUGCACCGGCUGACACUGCAGAUGGUCACCACUGAUGAGUCAGGGGACGUGGCAUUUGUGGUGGGCGAAGAGAAGACCGUCGCAUGCCUACUGGUGGAAGAGAAGCCCAAAGUCUUAAUCCUAGAGAAGCCUCAUGACACAGUGGCCUUGGAGGGUGAGACAGUCACACUGUCCUGCACCGUCUCCGACCCCACGGCCACUAUCAACUGGAGCAGGAAUGAUGUUGACAUCAAAGCAGGCCUCAAGUACGACCUGCGGAAGAAUGCAGCUCUCAUGCAGCUCCGUAUCCACAACCUGGAGAUGGAGGACUCUGGAACUUACUGCUGUGAUACCGGGGAUGCACAGUGCACCGUCACAUUGACUGUGGAAGGUGCCCCAGCAUUCUUCCAGAAGGAGCUGAAGAACAAGGAAGCCAAGGAAGGCGAUGAUAUCACUCUGCGCUGUGAGCUCUCCAAGGCGUGCACUCAAGUGGAGUGGAGGAAGGGAGGCAUGGUCCUCCAGGCUGGUAAGAAGUAUGAGAUGAGGCAGGAGGGCUGCGUUCAGGAGCUCUGCAUUCGUAACCUGGAGCCAGAGGACAAUGGCUACUACACCUGCGAUGCUGGAGACCAGCUCACCACGGCGUCGGUGGCAGUACAAGAGGCAGAAGUCCUCAUAGUGUGUGGUCUAAAGAGCACCGAUGUCUUUUUGGGCGAGUGGGCCACCUUCUCCUGCCAGCUGUCCCGCGGUGUGAGGCCCGGGGAGGUGCAGUGGUGGCUGGACGGGACCCUUCUCCAGGACAGCCCCUCCAGCGAGAUAGGGCUGAGCCAGGGCCACGUCCACACCCUCACCCUAAAGGACCUGGCCCCGGAUGCCUCGGGCACCGUCACGUUCAAAGCCUGCAGCCUGGUGUCCUACGCCAAGCUCUUAGUUAAAGACCCCACAGUAGAGGUGGUGAGCGAGAUGCAGGACCUGCGGGUUGCUGAGGGCAAGCCGGCUGAGUUCAUCUGCCAGUACUCCCGGCCGGUCCAGGCCCAGUGGAAGAGAGAUGGUCGGCCAUUGCAGCCUGACGGCCAGAGGGUGGUAGUGGAGCAGGACUGGACCGUGGCUCGCUUGUACAUUAGACACGUGUCCACUGAGGACAGGGGGAGAUACUCCUGUGAGGCAGAGGGGACCUGUGUGGUUGCCUUACUGGAGGUGGAAGCCAAACCCAUUGAAAUCCUACAAGGCUUAGAGAACAUGGACACCAUUGACGGCGGGGAGGCCCUAUUCGAGUGCUCUAUCUCUCGUUGCGAGAUCAAAGACUGCCACUGGCUGAUUGGGGGAAAGCCGGUGAAGGAGUCGCCCACCACGGAGAUCGUGUCCUUCGAAAAUGGACGCCGCCACCUCUUGCUGCUCAAGGAUCUGCAUGUUGGAGACAGCUGCAAAGUUACUUUCCAAGCCGGCACCGCAACAACCUCCGCCAUGCUCAACGUCAAAGGCUGGCAGCUGGAUGUGGUGAGUGGUCUGGAGGAUAAGGUAGCUGUGGUGGGAGAGACUCUAGAGUUCAGCUGCAUGCUGACUGAGCCUGUCCCUGAGGCGGAGGUAGCCUGGUACUCUAACGGAGCCGAGCUAAAGGCUGAUGACACCUGGGGCAUGAGGGCUGACGGCUGCUCCUACCACCUGGUGCUUAGACAGGCACCAGCCAUGCCACCACAGGAGAUCACCUUCGCUGCCAGGGACGCCAUCUCCAUGGCCAAGCUCACCAUCAUCACUGUUCCCGACCCCCCGGAGGACCCAGAGCUGGUCAGUAAGAGUAAGCAGGCGGUGACCCUGUCUUGGUUCACACCCCUCAGCGACGGAGGCAGCCCUAUUUUGGGCUACAGGGUGGAGAUGAGGCUGGCGGACAGUGUCCUCUGGCUGCCGUGCCAUGCAGAGCCUGUGUGUAACACAGAGUUCUCUGUGGAUAACCUCAUCCCAGGGAGCGGCUACAGGUUCAGGGUGGCAGCCAUCAACAGAGCUGGGACAGGAGAACCUGUCCAGCUGCCUCAGAGUGUUCAGCUGGAGGCUCCAGUGACAGUGACCCAACAGUUGGCCUGUCCAGACCUGCAGGAGGGUAAGAUGGCCCGUGUGGCGUGUGACCUCUCUGCUGAGGGCAGCUCGGUCACCUGGCUCAAAGACAACAAGGAGCUGGAGUAUGGGGUCAAAUACCAGGUCACCACAGAGGGCAAGACACAAGUGCUGCUGAUCAAAGACUUUGUGUCUGCUGACCAGGGUGUGUACACCUGUGUGGCCUCAGACGAGGCAGAAAGCUCCCUUAAUCUCAACCUACCAAAAGGUGGAGAUGGGGUUCAGUUGGAGGAGGGGGCCCAGCCCAGCCUGCCUCCUGAGGCUGCCUCCGAGGGUGACGUCCAUGCACUGUGGGAGGACCUGGCCAAGAAACGUCGCAUGAGCCGAGAGCCCACCCUUGACUCCAUCUCUGAGCUGCCUGAUGAGGAGGACAAGGAGCCCAAGACACCCAAGGGACCAGUCAAGGAGAAGAAAGCCCCGGAGAAGGAGAAGGUGGGGGUGAAAGCCCUAGAGAAUGAGAAAGUGGAUGUGAAAGCCCCGGAGAAACAAAAGGUGAAAGAAAAGGAAAAGGUUGUAGAGCAUGUCAUCAUCCCUAAGAAGAAGGUGUUGGAGCCAAACUUGUACACCAGCUCUGAGGACGAAUCCAGGCCUCCAACACUGGUUUCCUACCUGAAGAAGAGCAGCAAGUCCUCCCUCUCUGUGUGUGACCAGACAGAUUCCAUCUCCACUGAGAAGUUCUACGCACAGUUCAAGUUGAAAGAGGCGACCACAGUCCAACAGACUUCAGUCCAACAGACCUCAUCUUCAGUACAGCAGAUCACAGCACAGACCACGGACAUCACGGAGGUCGUUGAUGAGGAGGACGGAGAAAUGGGGCUGCUGGAUGCUGCUGUAAAGAUCCAGGCUGCCUUCAAGGGGUACAAAGCCCGCAAGGACAUGCGUCCAGUCUUCAAGGACGUCUUCAAGGACCAGACCAAGGAACCCAAUGGCACCAUCCACCUGGAGUGUGUGGCGGAGGGCAAGCCAGAGAAGGUGCGCUGGCUGAAGGAUGGCGAGCACCUGGCGGACGGCAAGCACCACCACAUUGACAUCUACAACGAUGGCACCUGCUCUCUGGUCAUCACCGCCAUAACCACCAAGGACACGGGUGUCUACACCUGUGAGGUCACCAACAAGUUCGGGGUGACCACCCACAGUGGCAAGGUGACGGUGGGCUCGGCGCGGGAGGCAUCUGGAAGGAGGCCCCUGACCAUGGGCUACAGUGCCGACAGCGAGGCGGAGAGCUCGUCGGCAGAAAGCGAGAUGGACGAGUCUCUGAGGCAGGCUAGCAAACGUCUUCGCCGCCUCCUCCGCACACGCCUGCCGGCCACAUCGGAGGAGGAGUCGUUCGUCAGCUGUGAUGAUGAGGCUGAGCUGCAGGCCCCCGACCCCAAAUCGUACCGCGAGGACGAGCGAUACAUCUACAUCCGCUUUGACAAGCGGUCUGAGGCCCAGGUGGCGUCUCAGCGCUUCAAGGAGAUGUUCACGGCCCAGGGGGUCCCUGUGGAGACCACCAUCCAGGAGGCUGGACCUCUCAAAGUGGAGCUGCGCAUCAUGAAGAUGGGAUACACUCAAGAUGGCUCUGCAACACCCACACAGGAGAAGCAGCUGCCUGUGUUCAUGACAGGAGCCCCCGUUUGUCUUUCAGUCAUAUCAGUGUGUGUCUUCAUUGCGGCCCCAGUCUUCCUGACUGAACUCCAGAGCCAGGACGUGCCAGACGGUUACCCGGUCAGCUUUGACUGCGUGGUGAUUGGGAAGCCUCCACCCAGUGUGCGUUGGUUCAAGGAUGGUAAGCUGCUGGAGGAGAACGACCACUACAUGAUCAACGAGGACCAGGAGGGCUGCCACCAGCUCAUCAUCACCACCGUGCUGCCCUCUGACAUGGGCGUCUACCGCUGUAUGGCUGAGAACACCAGUGGCAUCGCUGCCACCAAGGCUGAGCUCAGGGUCGACAUGUCUUGCAGCUCAGACUACGAUACUGCAGCUGAUGCCACUGAGACCGGCUCCUAUAUCAGUGCCAAGGGCUACAUGUCUAGGGAAACGGAAGCCUUUGAGUCUGUGGUAGAGGAUGAGCAGAUGCCACAAGUACUGGAUGAGCUCCAUGAUGUGCACGUCAGCCCAGGCUCACCCAUCGCUAAGAUGCAGCUGAAAGUCAAAGGGUUCCCUAGUCCAAGGGUGUACUGGUUCAAGGACGGCCACCCGCUGCGUUCCUCAGACAGGAUCCUGCUGCUGGACAAGCGAGAUACCCACAGCCUGGAAGUCCUGGAGGUGAAGAGGGAGGACACAGGAGAGUACUCUGCCUACAUCAGCAACGCUGCUGGAACAGCAUACUCCUCUGCUAGGCUGCUGGUUCUGGGUCCAGGAGAGCUCACGCCUGUAGAGAAGCACGAUCCCAAGGUGCCUCUGGUGCCGCCCCGCUUCCUGGAGAGGUUCAGCAACAGGAAGGUGAAACAGGGAGCCAGCGUCACCAUGUCUGUCAGAGUGGAAGGUUCUCCCACCCCAAUGGUGACGUGGUUGAAAGAGGAAUCUGCUGAGGACGUGUUGUGGAUCAAGCCAGACACUAAGGGCUACAAGGUGGCCAGCUCAGGGCGCCAACACAGUCUCAUCCUGAUGGAUGUGGGCUCUAAGCAUGCAGGCACAUACACCUGCAUCGCCACCAACAGGGCCGGACAGUCCAUUUGCACUGCCCAAUUUGAAGUGGAGGAUGCACCACGACCAAAGGAAGAGACCACAAUCCCUCUGGGGAUUACUAUCAGCCCUCCAGACGACGAUGUUGGUAGAGGAAAAAUGCAGUAUCUAGGUGAAGUUGGAACAGAAGAGUUCCUUAUGAAGCUCACCUCCCAGAUCACGGAAAUGGUAUCUGCCAAGAUCAGCCAAGACAGCACACAGAACCAUCAAGUGCUCCAGUGGAUGAAAUCAUGGCCCAAAGCCUCCACCUCACUACGUGUCCCGGGAGGCGAUAGUGAUGACGAGACCAAGACACCCUCCGCCUCACCACACCACGGUCGCUCUCGCCCCGGCUCCAUUCUCGCUGACUCCUCCUCUGAGUCUGACGACCCUGAUGCCAGGGGAGAGAUGUUUGACAUCUAUGUGGCUACGGCUGACUACAACCCCACCAUCCCCAACAAAGAUACCAUUUCCCUGAAGGAGGGCCAGUAUGUUGAGGUUCUGGACUCGGCACAUCCACUCAAAUGGCUGGUCCGGACCAAACCCACAAAAACCACCCCAUCCCGACAAGGCUGGGUCUCACCUGCCUACCUGGAUAAAAAACUCAAGCUGUCUGAUGUUGCUGGUGACAUCACAGAGGGAGGUGGAGAAGAGGUCUCAGAAGGAGAGUACAAGAAGAGACUACUCCAACUGAUUCAAGACAUGAUCAACAGCGAGGCAGAGUUUGUCAAAGAGAUGGACUUCUUCACCUCCCACCACAUCAAGCAAGUAGAGAGCCCUGACACCCCAUCUGACAUCACCAGCCAGAAGGAGGCCAUAUUCAGGAACAUCAAGGAGAUCAAGGCCUUCCAUAGCCAGUCCAUGCUCCCUAAGUUGAGCCACUGCGACACUGAUGACGACGUGGCCAUGCGCUUCCUGAGGAGUGGCGAGGGCUUUGAGAAGUACCUCCAGUACCUCGUAGGCCAGCAAAAGGCAGAGGCCGCUAUCAGUGACAAGACCGUACACCGCUUCUUCAAGGAAUACACAGACAAAGAACAGGCCAGUGCCGACCCUGCUGAAGGUCCUGUACUGAGCAUCAACGCCUACCUACAGAAACCUCUGGACAGAAUCCAGAAGUACAAGGCCUUGCUCAAGGAGCUGAUCAGGAACAAGGCCAGGAACGGUCAGAACUGCUGCCUGCUGGAGGAGGCCUAUGCCAUGGUUUCAUCACUGCCUCAGCGUUCAGAGAACACACACCACGUCUCCAUGAUAGAGAACUACCCUGCCACUCUGGAUGUAUUGGGGGAGCCCAUCAGACAGGGUCCCUUCAUGGUGUGGGAGGGUGCACCUGGGGUAAGGUCCUCCUCCAGAGGUCACCAUCGACAUGCGUUCCUCUUCAAAAACUAUGUCAUCAUCUGCAAAUCCAAGAGAGACACCAACACAGACACCCAGGGCUACGUCUUUAAGAACAUGAUGAAGCUGAACAACAUAGAUGUGAAUGAGACAGUGGAGGGUGAUGACCGGGCCUUUGAGAUCUGGCACGAGCGUGAGGACUCUGUCAGGAAGUACACGCUUCAGGCUCGCACCGUCAUCAUCAAGAACUCCUGGCUGCGAGACCUCAGGGAACUGCAGCAGCGCUACACCAUGCCUGCCUGGAGUAUGCCUGACUUUGAUGAGCUUCUGGCUGACUGCACAGCGGAGCUGAGACAGACGGUGAAACUGGCCUGCAAGGUUACUGGAGUACCCAAACCUGUGGUCACCUGGUACAAGGACGGGCGGGCAGUGGAGGCCGACCCUCACCACAUCAUCAUCGAGGAUCCUGACGGUUCCUGCACCCUGAUCCUGGACAACAUGACGGCUGAUGACUCUGGACAGUACAUGUGCUUCGCCACUAGCACAGCAGGCAACGCCAGCACCCUGGGAAAGAUCACUGUCCAAGUGCCUCCUCGUUUCGUGAACAAGAUGAGGAAUGCUGUCUUAAUCGUUGGUGAGGAUGCUCAGUUUUCCUGCACCAUCCAGAGCGCCCCCAGCCCCAAGAUCAGAUGGUUCAAGGAGGGCAGGCUGCUGACUGACCAGGAGAAGUAUCAGACCUACACUGAGUCCCGUAGUGGAGUCCUGGUGCUGGUCAUUAAAGGCCCUACGGAGAGAGACCUGGGACACUACGAGUGUGAGUUGUCUAACCGACUGGGCAGUGCUAAAUGUGCAGUUGAUCUGUGCCUUCCUUCUGCUGUGGCUAGAAGAGGAGAGCAGGCGAUCACCAUCGAAGUCACUGAGCAGGAGACUAAAACACCAAAGAAAACCAUCAUCAUAGAGGAGACCAUAACUACGGUGGUGAAGAACACCCGUAUGAAGCGUCGCGGCAUGUCUCCAUCUGGGUUCAACCUCUCCGAAACCAACACCCCAGAUCUCCCCACCACCCCCACCGGCACGGCCAGGCAGAGGAGGCAGGUUUCGGCCAGCAGGAAGACCACCAUCCCCACCCUGUACGUCACGGAGCCCGAGGGGGGUGCUGGGGCCCGGGCCGCAGAGAACAGGUGGGUGGAGGUAGAGGAAAUCAUUGAGUACAAGGUGAACAAGUCGCCCAGGCUAUCCAGGAGAAGAGGGGUCUCCCCAGCUGGGUCGGAGCGAGCGAACACCCCCUCCUUCACCCGGCCACGGAGGUCCCCGAACCCCAACACCAACAAUUCCAACAACAAGCUGGUAGAGCUGCAGAACUGCUCCGAGCUGGAGGGGGCUCAUCCUAUAGCCUGGGAUGAUGAUGAGGAUGAGAACAUGGCUGGGUCCGAGGUUGCCCCUGGACUCAGUGGAGAGGCCUGCGAGGUCUCCGCUGUUCUAAUCCCUAACGACCAUGAACAUGAUGAGGCCUGGCUAGAGGAGCAGAAAGAGGCCUUUGUCACAGAACCGGAUGAUGAUGAUGAUAACAUGGAACCUCCCAGGAAGCUGGAGCCUAAGACCCUGACCCAGGCUGGUCGCGUUCUCACCCUGGAGGACUUGGAGGACUAUGUUCCCAGGGAGGGGGAGAGCUACAGCUCCUCCAACACCAGGUCCUCCCCUGCCGAGAGACCCUGUGAGGUCUCUGUGCUUCAGAGGGAGAUUGGGGGCUCUGUCGUGGGCCAGCCAGUGCUGCUCAAUGUGGGGAGGCCUGUGGUGGUGCCCAGGGGGAGGCGCAGCCCUGGCUUCUUCAGCCGAUUUAGAGAGUACCUCUCAGGCAGCAUGUUCUCCCUGGCUGCCCCCCACCACCACCACCCCAGCGGAGACCAGUCUAGAAGGGAGAGAGAGAUUCCCAUCCAGGUCAGCCAAGCCAAGCAAGAGGUCAAGCCUGCAUACUGCUCUGAGGUGCAGAGAGUGGAGGGAGGGCAGCAGAGAUACAAAACCAAAGUCUACACGUCAGUGGGCAAGCCAGUCACUCUUCAGAUUAGCCAGAACCCAUAUCAAAACCAAUAACCUAGUGUGUGAAAAUCAGUUGCUUGAUCAGAACCAAGCUGAUUUUUGUUAAUUGGUGAUACGUACAAUAGCCGUUUUAGUCUUAAAUGGGAACAUUACUACUUAAGUGUUAAAAAGCAUAUUCUAACCUUGCAUUUUCUUGCAAAUGGGAGGAUCAUUCCAUUUUGAAGCAACCCAUCUGAAAGUCAAAUGCAGACACAGGAAGUCAGUUGUUUUGGUCAGACAAAGUCGUUUUUAAGGGACAAAACAUCAAAAGGGGGUUGGAUAUGUUGUUUAGGCUAAAUGAUUUCCAAACGCCAUUGUAUACUCUCCAGGCUUCAAUGUAUUGUUGCCUUGCUUGCCACAUAUUUGAUUAUUUGAUGUACAGAGAAAUAUAGAAUAAUUGCAAGUCUUGCAACAUGGACUGACACCGUUUGAAAGUUUUAAAAAUCCAUCUGCUUUACCCUCAGGUGACAGCUGUUUUGAAUGUCAACAUCUUGAUGUUAAACUUCUGUUCUGUAGGAGAACAUCAGUACAGUACUAUAUUUCUCUCUGUGUGUUGUCUCUGAAGUUUAAUGAACAAGGAAUAUCCACCUUGACUUGUAGCAUAUCAGUUUGUAAAUAGGCUAACUAACUCCUGUGAAAGGAAAAAAAUGUGUCUCGACAGUAACUUACCAAACCAAUGAUUUCAGCAACGAAAUUGCUAGAAGUACAAAAGAAGUCUAAAAGAGCAUUGAUUACAGACGUUGCUGGAUUGUGUGAAACAUUGACGAUGUUCUUUCAAAUGCAGCCACGGUCUGCUUGAGAAUACAAGAAAGCCAGAUUAAAGACUGAUACAUGGAUCAUUGAGUUGUACUUCAGAUUGGGCUGUCCUGUCCUAUGGAGAAGUCUAGAAUUUUCUAAGCGUUUCUAGAUGGGCAGUUACAUGUUGUGCAGUGCUGAUGCUUUUACAUGAACUGUAUAUCACUCACUUGUGGUGUGGACUGUGGAAUGAUGUAGGUCUAUGAUUGUGUUAUACAGGUCUCGUAUAAAGGGUCUCUGUUUACUUUAGGUCAUAUACAUCCAAAACAUAGACCUACAUAGGAUAUUUCAUUUUGAACUGGGUCAUUUGUUUUAUAGAAAGGCACUUCAUUAUCAGUUUAUUGAGAGCAUUAAAGAGUAGAUUGAACUCAGAUAAUUAAGUAUUUGUGAUUACUUUAAGGUCAAAUGUAAUGAAUUAUAUUUAGAAAAGUGGCAGCAUGUUAUGUAUUAGCUUUUUGAAAGCUGAUUUGCGUGUUUAUCUGAUUGACAUAAUUGAAUUAACACAAUGAGUCCCACUGUAACGCCGGUGCGUUUUGGACUUCUGGGUAGAACCAUUGGAUUUGUCUUUUUUCUGCAUCCGUAGAUGCCAACCAUUAGUCUGUGUAAUUAACGGGGGCUGAGCUAGAGCUGUGUUUGUGAGACAAGGGCGGAUCCCAAUGGGGCCCUGGACUGGGUCUUUUUACAAAAACCUAUGUAGUCUGAAUGAUUUGAGCUACAAACUAUUCAAAGAUAUUUAUGAAAAGGUGAGACUCUCACGAACACAUGCAUGUAACUAUGACGCUCAACACCUACACAAGAGUCAUUAGAAGGUAAGGGGUUGUUCUACAUAGAAGAUCAUAGGAAAUCCCAGGACAUAGUGUCUAUAAUAAGCUCACAUAGUGGCUGUCACAAAAUCUAAACAGUUGUCAUUUACCAGUGAGCAUACAAUUUCUGUACUUACAGCAUUCAUAUCAAUUAAUUUGAUCAGGAUUUUGCUUUGGCAGAUUAAAAACUUUUUUAUUGACAUUUGUCAAUUAAACUCAUGAAUGCAACUGUUUUAUGUCAAAUAGUUUUGUGUUCUACUUGUAGCCCUGGUUGUCCUGAAAAGAACACUCCCUUGUGAGGCUAAAUAUCAGGGCUAGAGAUGCCCUUAUAAUAAAUUAAAGUCAGAUACAUUAAAAGAAGAUUUUUGCUGGGGUCGCGGGACUGAUAGGGUUAAUAUUAAUCUUGUCACAAUCAGUUCAGGUGGGAGUUACAUAGUUAGUAGUGAGCCAUUGUACACUGGAUUUAUUCACUUUGUUGCAAUAUAUUGUUUUAAAAAGUUAAUUACCACUUUCCAAAGUAAGAGUGAUGUUUUGUUUUUAUGUUAUUUUAAACGUCUUGUAAAAGCAUUGAAUGUUUAACUUUGUAAGAAAUUCAACAUAAAUCACAUAGGUUUUGACUGCCUGCACAUGUUUAGUUAAGAGAAUGAAUAGUUAAUGGAUUUUUGGGAGGGUACUCCCAAGUGUUUAAUACACCAAAACAAUUAAAUUGCAACUGAUGAACUGA